GUUGUUCGCCCGUGUUCUCGCCAACAUCGAAUUACGCCACCGCGUCUCUCGAUCGCUAACUUACAAGUCCCGUACGAAGAACUGUAAUUGUCGGGUUCAGCUGGCGCACAACGCGCGUUCGCCGAGUCGAGUCCUCCUUGACUUCGUGUGCACGCUCUUCAGCAGUCACAGAUAGCAAAACAACAAAAUCGACAAACGUCAAAAUCGCACCGAGCUACUCGAUUGAGGAGCGAGAAAAAAUGCUGAAGAUCGGAUUUUGGAGUUUGUUUUGAGAUUUUUCCAUUGUGGUGUUUUAAAAGUUAAUGCUGUGGUUUAUGGCUAGAUGCAACCAUGGAAAUAAAACAACUAUGCACAUUAUGUAUGAUAUAUUUGAUAGGAACUAUAAGGGCAGCCUUUCCACCUAGUUUAAGGUACCCGUUACCUAUUGCCGUCAACAAAAUAACCGAUGUAGAGCUGCAUUGCGAUGUUGGUAACGUCAACAUCACUGUUACCAUGGAGCAACCGUUCAAAGGAAUAUUAUUUGCAAAGGAUUUCUCACAGGAAUGCAAAGCCAUAGGUUCUCUAACGAAUUCCAUAUUUCUGGACCUCCCCACAUCAGGUUGUGGGGUUAGACUGAACUCCAAAAUCAACGAAAAUGGUAUAUUGGAAAUGUUUUACAGCGUAACAAUUAUUGUGCAACAAGACAGGCAUUUAAGACAGAUUGCAGACCAGGAAAGAAUAAUACAAUGUAGUGUACAAGAUAGUGCUUUUCUAAUUAAAAGCAAACCUAUGUUAGACGUAAUCAAGAAUGAUUUGAGUUCCAGUGUAAAAAACAACAGGGUGGGUCGGCAGAAAAAACUACAGGGAUGGUCCAAAGAAUUCGACGACGAACCCCUAGAAGUACAGUUAAAUGAAACCUUACUAGCCGCUAGAGCUUGGAUGGAGAUAAUACCAGAACAAAUCGAUGAUAGACCUUUUGGAACCCUACAAGUGGGAGAACCAGCAUUUCUAUCAGUGAAAUCAACUUUACCCGAUGGUAUUGGUUGGAAAGUGGUGGACUGUAUUGCCCAUGAUGGCCUCGGCGACUCCUCUCAGAAGCUUCUAGAUGACCAAGGAUGUCCCAUAGAUGAUAUACUACUACCUAUACCCACUUUAGGGCCCAUUAGACCCAUAGCAAUGAUGAAACAGCAAGAGGCAGUAUCCAGAUUUUCUGCGUUCAAGUUUCCUGAUAGAGACAGACUUCAUGUUUCAUGCGGAUUGCAGUUAUGCAGAAAGGAGUGUUUGGAGGUUGAUUGUAGUAACUACAAUGAAAAUAGACUAGGCAGACAACUGUCCAAAGGUUCAGAUGGCGAAAUUUUAGACAGGCUGGAAGUUUUUAACAGUGUUGAAGUUUUGGCGCCAGAAAUUGAUGAUUUACGUAAGAAUGAAGGAAGAUUAGUUACCACUGAACCUUCCGUCUACCCCUUCACCAACCUGCCAGGCGACCGAACAUUCUGCGUGUCCCCCGACAAAAUGGCGUUGGCUUUCUGCGUGCUGGGCCUAAUCUUUCUCACCGCUGUCGUGGUAUCGGCGUGCGCCCUCUUGCGGGCCAGACGUGGAGGAGUGGACGUGCCCUCGUACUACACCAGGAGUUUGUUCUCCUCCUCCUCGAGCAGCGGGUGUUCCCCGUCGGCGUUCGGCAGCAAAUUGCUGCUGCAGGAUAGCCCCUCCUGCAUGCGGCAGUCGCCAUCUAGCGGCCUGCAGUACGGCAGGAUCCUCUGAAGACUGAACUUCUGUUCUACCAUAGCUAUGGAUAGGUUAAUUAGAAUACGGUGGAUUGCACUUAAUUCAAAGAAAAUUUGUUUUAGACAACAGUUACUGUUGAGGAUUUUUACCUUAGGGAUAUUCAUCUGACCACUUUUUCAUCAAAGGUUUUUAGUACCAACAAUUGUUUAGAAUUUUUUUUAUUUUGCAUAUCAGUUAGAUAAUAUAUUUUGGGGUAUUUUGUGCAAGACACUGUAUUAA